AUGACCGCCGCUUCAAAUCGGGACGGAGCAACGGGACUUGCGAGGAGACCGGAAUGCGCAUGCAGGAAAGGGGACGGAAUACGGAUUUUUGCUCUAAUGAAGGCGGGAGUGCGGGCGCACCGUUGGAGCCGGGUGCUCUUCUUAUAUAUGGGGCUACUGGCCGCCUCAGUAAAGGCUCAGAACUGCAGUUACACACUACACAGUCCCAAUGGGACGAUAGAGAGCCCCGGCUACCCUUACGGUUAUCCUAACUAUGCCAACUGUACAUGGGUGAUUGUGGCGGCGGAGCACAACCGGAUACAGCUGGUGUUUCAAGGCUUCGCCCUAGAGGAGGACUUUGACAUCUUGUCUGUAUAUGAUGGGCCACCCAGCCCUGGGAACCUGCGCACACGGUUAACGGGGUUCCAGCUGCCUUCACCCAUUGUGAGUACAGGCUCCAGGCUUACACUGUGGCUACUGUCUGACUAUGCAGUCAGUGGGCAGGGAUUUAAAGCUGUCUAUGAAGCUCUACCCAGCUACACUUGUGGCAAUCCUGGACAGCUACUCAAUGGCCACCAGCAGGGGUCCACGUUCAACAUCGGGGACAAAAUCCGCUACAGCUGCAGCCCAGGCUACGUGCUGGAGGGUCACACCACCCUAUCCUGCCUUGCCACUUCAGCGGGUACUGCUGCCUGGGAUUUCCCCCUGCCCUACUGCAGAGCUGACGAUGGGUGUGGCGGCACACUGAGAGGCCAGAGUGGGGUGAUCACCACUCCCAAUUACCCUACUGAGUACAACAACAAUGCUGACUGCACCUGGACUGUGCUGGCCGAGCCAGGAGACACCAUUGCCCUUGUUUUCUCUGACUUUCAGCUGGAGGACGACUAUGACCUUCUGGAGGUCAGCGGCACUGAGGGUUCUUCACAGUGGUUCACUGGCCCCAACCUUCCCUCACCCAUCAUUAGCAGCAAGAACUGGCUUCGACUGCACUUUACCUCUGAUGGCAACCACAAGUUGAGAGGUUUCAGCGCCCAGUACCAAGUGAAGAAGAUGACUGAGCUAAAGUCCCGAGGUGUGAAGAUGUUGCCUAGCAAAGACAACCACCAUAAGAUAUCAGUGUUGUCUCAGAUGGGUGUCGCCCAAGGACACAACAUGUGUCCAGACCCAGGGAUCCCAGAUCGAGGGAAAAGAAAAGGCUCAGACUUCAGACGAGGAGCCACAGUACAUUUCUCCUGUGAUGAGGGUUAUGAACUGCAGGGCUCAAAGAGCAUCAGUUGCCUCAGAGUGACGGACAGCUACGUAGGCUGGAGUGACGAUCGGCCCAUAUGCAGAGCACCAAUGUGUGGAGGGCAGCUGAGAGGACCCAGUGGUGUCAUCACAUCUCCAAACUACCCAGUCCAGUAUGACAACAAUGCCAACUGCACUUGGGUCAUCACAGCCACAGACACAUCAAAGGUGAUCAAGCUGACAUUUGAGGAUUUUGACCUGGAGCGAGGCUAUGACACCCUGACCGUGGGAGACGGCGAGGUGGUGGGAGACCAGAAGACCAUCUUCCAUGUCCUGUCUGGUACCACAACUCCAGACCUCGUGGUCAGCACCAGUCACCAGAUGUGGCUCAAUUUCAAAACAGACGACACCAGUGGCUCCCUUGGCUUCAAGGUUUCCUAUGAAGAAAUUGACCAAGGCAGUUGUGGAGAUCCAGGAGUCCCAGCUUAUGGCAAGCGGGAGGGGACAGGUUUCCGUCAUGGAGACAGGCUGUACUUUGAGUGUCUCCCUGCCUUUGAGCUGGUCGGGAAGAAGAACAUCACCUGUCAGAAGAACAACCAGUGGUCGGCUAAGAAACCCAGCUGUGUUUUUUCCUGUUUCUUCAACUUUACCACUCCAUCUGGGGUGCUGCUGUCUCCCAACUACCCCCAGGAGUAUGGAAACAAUAUGCACUGCGUGUGGCUGAUCAUAACCAACCCUGAGAGCCGAAUCAAUCUGGCCUUCAAUGAUCUCAGCAUGGAGAAACAGUUUGACUUCCUCUCGAUCAAAGACGGGGGAAAGGCUGAGUCUCCCAUCCUGGGUACCUUCUCUGGUGAUGUCCUGCCUCCUCCCAUAACCACUAGUGCCCAUGUAGCACGUCUAGAGUUCCUGACUGACCACACCUACACAGACAGAGGCUUUAACAUCACCUUUACAACAUUUCGCCACAACGAGUGCCCAGACCCAGGUGUUCCUGUUAAUGGGAAGCGAUUUGGUGAGAGCCUUCAGCUGGGCAGCUCCAUCUCAUUCCUGUGUGAAGAGGGCUUCGUUAAGACCCAUGGCUCUCAAACCAUCUCCUGCAUUCUCAAGGAUGGCAACGUGGUGUGGGACAACGCUGUUCCCCGUUGUGAAGCUCCAUGUGGAGGAGAUCUGAAGGCUCCCAGUGGGAUCAUCCUCUCCCCUGGCUGGCCAGAACUCUAUAAGGAGGCCCUUAACUGUGAAUGGAUCAUUGAGGCUCCUCCAGGCUACCCCAUCAAAAUCAUCUUCGACAAGUUCCGCACGGAGGUCAACUAUGACGUCCUUGAGGUGCGGGAUGGACGAUUCCCGUCUUCACCUCUGAUUGGCAGUUACCAGGGCACCCAGGUUCCCCAGUUCCUCAUCAGCACUUCCAACUUCCUGUACCUCCUCUUCUCCACUGACAAGAGCCACUCUGACAUCGGCUUCCGUAUUCGCUAUGAAACCUUGCAGUUACAGUCGGAUCACUGCGUGGACCCUGGUAUACCUGUCAAUGGACAGCGACAUGGCAAUGACUUCUAUGUGGGCGCUUUGGUGACAUUCAGCUGUGAAGCAGGGUACACACUUAGCGACACGGAGCCUUUAGAAUGUGAACCCAAUUUUCAGUGGAGCCGCCCCCUGCCUAGCUGCGAUGCUUUGUGCGGAGGUUAUAUCCAGGGCAACGUUGGCACCAUCCUGUCACCUGGUUUUCCAGACUUUUACCCACACAACCUGAACUGCACGUGGAUAAUCGAGACCUCCCAUGGCAAAGGUGUCCAGUUCACCUUCCACACCUUCCACCUGGAGAGCCCUCACGACCAUUUGUUGGUGACAGAGAACGGCAGCUUCUCUCAGCCCCUGUGGAGACUGACGGGCUCCACACUGCCUCCGCCUCUCAGCGCAGGCCUGUUUGGAAAUUACACGGCUCAGAUCCGCUUUCUCUCCGACUUCUCUGUUUCCUACGAGGGAUUCAACAUCACUUUCUCCGAGUAUGAUCUGGAGCCGUGUGAGGAUCCUGGAAUCCCACCCUACAGCACCAGAAAGGGCCUGCAGUACGGCGUGGGCGACGCCCUCAUCUUCUCCUGUUUCCCAGGUUACCGACUAGAGGGUCCGGCGAGGGUGGUGUGCUUAGGGGGCAGGAGGCGGGUGUGGAGUUCCCCUCUGCCAAGGUGUGUUGCUGAAUGCGGCUCAUCCGUGACUGGCAUGCAAGGGGUGCUGCUCUCACCCAACUACCCCGGUUACUACGGCAACAACCACGAGUGCAUCUACUCUAUCCAAACGCAGCCUGGCAAAGGCAUCCAGCUACGAGCACGAGACUUCAGACUGGAAGAGGAUGACAUGCUCAAAGUCUUUGACGGCAGCAGUAAUAAGGCUCGUCUGCUGGGGGUGUUUACAGGCAGCGAGCUGCUAGACACAACCCUGAACUCCACCUCCAGCUCCAUGUGGUUGGAGUUCAUCAGCAAUGCAGAUAAUACCAGUAAAGGCUUUGAACUGCACUUCACUAGUUUCGAGCUGGUGAAAUGUGAGGAUCCAGGUGUUCCUCAGUUUGGCUACAAGAGGGAGGACAAAGGGCAUUUUGCAGGAAGCACUGUGUCGUAUAGCUGUGACCCAGGCUACACUCUGAAAGGCCCAGAGGUGCUCACAUGCCUGAGGGGGGAAAGGAGGGCAUGGGACAGCCCCCUCCCACUCUGUGUUGCGGAGUGUGGGGGAACCAUCAAGGAUGAGCCUUCUGGUCGUAUCCUGUCUCCGGGCUAUCCAGCUCCCUAUGAGCACAACCUGCACUGUAUGUGGACCAUUGAGGCCGCCCCUGGAAGCACUAUUAGUCUACAUUUCCUGGUUUUCCACACGGAGGAGGUCCACGACGUGCUUCGGAUCUGGGAUGGGCCCCAGGAUGGAGGGGUCCUGCUGAGGGAGCUGAGUGGUUCAGUGCUGCCCCCGGACGCCCACAGCACCUUCAACACUGUCAGCCUGCAGUUCACCACAGACUUCUUCACCAGCAAGCAAGGCUUUGCUCUGCAGUUCUCUGUCUCCACUGCAACCUCCUGCAAUGACCCGGGCAUGCCUACUAAUGGUACCCGCAGCGGAGACAGCAGGGAACCUGGAGACCAUGUGGCGUUCCAGUGUGAUCCUGGCUACAUCCUGCAGGGGGCCAACAGGAUCACCUGCACUGAGAUUAACGGCCGCUUCUUCUGGCAGCCAGACCCUCCUACAUGCACAGCUCCAUGUGGCGGAAACCUGACAGGUCCCAGUGGGCUGAUUCUGUCUCCAGACUAUCCUGAGCCUUACCCUCAUGGGAGGGAGUGUGACUGGACAGUUACUGUCACACUGGACUAUGUCAUCGCUCUGAGCUUCAACCAGUUCAGCUUGGAGCCCAGUUAUGACUUCUUACAUAUCUACGAUGGGCCGGACUCCCUCAGCCCCUUGCUGGGUAGUUUCUAUGGCACAGACGUUCCAGACCGCAUUGAGAGCAGUUCCAACACACUGUUCUUAGCAUUCCGCAGUGAUGCUUCCCUAAGCAGUAAUGGAUUUGUGCUGCAGUACACAGAGAACCCCAGGGAGUCUUGCUUCGAGCCGGGCCUGGUGCGCAACGGGACACGGGUGGGCACCGACCUCAAGCUGGGCUCCACUGUCACCUACCACUGCGACAGUGGCUACACACUAGAGGGAGACCCAACCCUCACUUGCAUCAUGGGGGGAGAUGGCAAGCCGAGCUGGAACAAACCCAAACCCAUCUGCAUUGCUCCAUGUGGUGGACAGUACUCAGGUUUGGAGGGAGUGGUCUUGUCUCCUGGUUACCCUGGAAACUACAGCAACGCACGAACCUGUCUGUACUCUGUGGUCGUACCCAAGGAUUACGUUGUCUUCAGCCAAUUCGCCUUCUUCCAGACCGCUCUGAAUGACAUUGUGGAGGUUUAUGAUGGGGCAACGCAGCAUUCCCGUGUUCUUAGCUCCUUGUCUGGAGCUCACACAGGUGAGUCGUUGCCGUUAGCAACCUCCAACCAAGUCCUGAUCCGCUUCACCUCCAAAGGUCAAUCCAGCUCUAGAGGAUUCCACCUGGUCUACCAGGCUGUGCCACGGACCAGUGCCACCCAGUGCAGCUCAGUCCCCGAGCCCCGAAAUGGCCGCCGGAUGGGCAACAACUUUGCUGUUGGCGCAGUGAUCCGCUUUGAGUGCAGCCCAGGAUACAUGCUGGAGGGAUCAAGUGCCAUUGAAUGUUUAACCGUUCCCAAUGCCUUGGCACAAUGGAACAGCUCCAUACCCAGCUGUAUAGUUCCAUGUGGAGGAAAUCUGACCCAUCGAACAGGCACCAUCUUGUCUCCCGGCUUUCCUGAGCCGUACCUCAACAGCUUGAACUGUGUGUGGAAGAUCACUGUUCCCGAGGGAUCAGGAAUCCAGAUCCAGGUAAUCAGCUUUGUCACAGAGCAGAACUGGGACUCGCUGGAGGUGUUCGACGGAGGAGACAACACUGACACCAUGCUUGGCAGCUUCUCAGGCACCACGGUUCCAGCACUCCUCAACAGCACCUCCAACCAACUCUACCUUCACUUUUUCUCUGACAUUAGUGUGUCUGCAGCUGGAUUCAGGUUGGAAUACAAAACUGUGUCUCUGACCAACUGCCCAGAGCCUGUGGUUCCAAUGAAUGGCAUCAAAGUUGGCGAGCGUCUCCAGAUGAAUAAUGUGGUGUCUUUCCACUGUGAACCUGGAUAUACUCUACAGGGGAACUCGCACAUCACCUGUAUGCCUGGAACCGUUAGACGAUGGAACUACCCACCUCCUCUCUGCAUAGCUCAAUGUGGUGGAAUCCGGGAGGAGAUGGAGGGCAUGAUUCUCAGUCCUGGUUUCCCUGGCAACUACCCUAGCAACAGUGACUGCACCUGGAGAAUCUACCUGCCAGUUGGUUACGGAGCCCACAUUCAGUUCCUCAACUUCUCCACGGAGGCCAACCAUGAUUUCCUUGAGAUACGCAAUGGGCCCCUUGACACAAGCGCAGUGAUUGGCCGAUUCAGCGGCCAGGAUAUUCCCUCCUCCCUUCUCACCACCUCCCAUGAAACCACAGUAUAUUUCCAUAGUGACCACUCACAGAACAAACCAGGCUUCAGGUUUGAGUACCAGGCAUAUGAGCUACAGGAGUGCCCUGAUCCCGAGCCUUUCCGCUACGGAGUGGUGGUGGGUGCUGGCUUCAAUGUGGGCCAGUCUAUCUCUUUUGAGUGUCUGCCUGGUUAUCAGCUAAUGGGACAUUCCAUCCUCACCUGUGAGCAUGGCACAACCCGCAACUGGGAUCACCCUUUCCCUCGCUGCGAAGUGCCUUGUGGUGGGAACAUUACGUCAGACAAUGGGACCAUCUUCUCCCCAGCUUACCCAGAAGAGUACCCCAGUUCAGCUGACUGCUCCUGGCUGAUCACCGUGGCUCCUGGCUUCGGCAUUAAACUCAACUUCACCCUGCUUCAGGUUCAUGGGCCGCAUGACUUUAUCACUGUCUGGGAUGGUCCACAGGAGACGGCCAGGAAACUGGGGGUGUUUACUGAUGGAGAGCCCAAUGAUCCACCCAGCAGCACAUCCAAUCAGGUGCUGAUACGUUUCCGUAGUAACACAGAGAAGGGUGGACUGUUCCGUAUCAGCUAUCAAGCGUACAGACUGCAGCACUGCCUGCCGCCCCCCAUCAUUCCUAAUGCAGAGAUCCUGAUGGCAAGCAAAGAGUUUAAAAUUGGUGAUAUAGUGCGCUACCGGUGUCUUCCAGGCUACCAGUUGAGUGGAAACAGCAUCCUGACCUGCCGGCUUGGGACACACUUGGAGUUUGAGGGGCCUCCGCCCUCAUGUGAUGUGACUUGUCCCAUGAACGAGGUACUGACAGCUUCCACGGGUGUCAUCAUGAGCCAGUCACCAGGCAGCGGCUUCCCGCAUUUUGAGUCUUGCUCUUGGGUGGUCAAAGUAGAACCAGGCUACAACAUCACCUUCACUAUCGAACACUUCCAGACCAGCCGGCAGUUUGAUGAGCUCGAGAUCUUUGAUGGCCCGUCCAGACAGAGCCCCCUCCUCAUCACCCUUAGUGGCAACUAUUCCAGUCCGCUGAGCAUCACUAGCUCCAGUAACAAAGUCUACCUGCACUGGUCCUUCGAUCACACUACCAGCCACAAAGGUUUCCGAAUACGCUAUUCAGCGGCCUACUGCAGCCCUCCAAACAACCCUGUAAAUGGCACAGUGCACAGUCUGACAGGCACCAAGUUGGGCAGCACCCUACGUUUCAGCUGUGACCAGGGCUUCCGUCUUAUUGGCCAGAGCAGCGCCACAUGCACCCGGACUGCACAGGGGAUCUUCCAGUGGAAUGCACCGGUGCCACUUUGCCAAGUCAUGUCCUGUGGAAUGCCAGUUCCUCCUGUCAAUGGCAGUAUUGUUGGCCAGGACUUCUCUCUAGGAGCCAGAGCCACCUACCAGUGUAAUCCCGGAUUUCGUCUUGCUGGGCCUAUCACCACCUCGGUGAUCUGUCAGGAAUUUGGGAGGUGGAGCCCCAUUGAGGCCCAACCUAGAUGUAUUCCUGUGACCUGUCCUGAUAUCGGCCAUUCUGCUGUGGAGCAUGGGAGAUGGAGACUAAUCUAUGGAACUCAAAACCAAUAUGAUGCUAUUAUGAUGCUCAUAUGUGACCCAGGAUAUUACUACAGGGGUCAAAGGGUCAUUCGCUGUCAAGCCAACAGCACCUGGAACUACCCAGAUCCACGGCCAGUCUGCGAAAUCAUCUCCUGCGGGGACCUUGGGACUCCACCAAAUGGCAACAAGAUUGGAACACUGACUGUGUAUGGAGCCACUGCCAUUUUCUCCUGCAACACUGGCUAUACCCUGGUGGGCUCCCGGGUACGAGAGUGUAUGUCCAAUGGACUGUGGAGUGGAACACAGGUCCAGUGUCUAGCUGGUCAUUGUGGCACCCCAGAGCCCAUAGUGAACGGUCAGAUCAUUGGGGAGAACUAUAACUAUCGAGGCAGCGUUGUGUACCAGUGUAACCCAGGAUUUCGCCUCAUCGGGGUGUCAGUGCGAAUCUGUGAACAGGACCACCGAUGGUCAGGACGCACACCUGUCUGUGUCCCCAUUACAUGUGGGCAUCCUGGCAACCCUACCUUCGGUAUGACCCAAGGAAACCAGUUCAACUUAAACGAUGUUGUGCGCUUUGUCUGCAAUACUGGAUAUGUUCUGCAGGGGGCUGUGAAAUCUGCCUGCCAGGCCAAUGGGCAAUGGAGCAACGCCCUACCCAGGUGUAAAAUUGUGAACUGCACAGAGCCGGGCCACGUAGAGAACAGCAUAAGGCAGGUACUGCCCAGCGGGCCGCAUCGCUACAGCUUCCAAACCACUGUGUCGUACCGCUGUAGCCCGGGCUACUACCUGCUGGGCACCAGCUCCAUCUCCUGUCAGGGGGACGGCACCUGGGACCGCUCCCUGCCUAAGUGCCUGUUGGUGCUGUGUGACCGCCCCAGCAUGCCACCUUACGCCCAGAUCUCAGGCGACCGUCGGACAGUAGGCUCAGUCAUCCGGUACAGCUGCAUCGGCCAGCGUACCAUCAUCGGCAACACGACGCGAAUGUGCCAGCUGGACGGCCAGUGGAGCGGCUCACCACCACACUGCUCUGGAGAUUCUGCCGGGCUGUGUGGAGACCCAGGCAUUCCCGUGCAUGGUAUCCGUCUGGGCGAAGAGUUUACAGUAGGCAGUGUUGUCCGCUUUAGCUGUGAGCCCGGUUAUAUGCUGAGGGGUUCACCGGAGAGAACCUGUCUGGCCAAUGGGAGCUGGCUGGGAACCCAACCUGAGUGUCAUGUUAUCUCCUGUGGGAAUCCGGGAACUCCACGCAAUUCCCAGAUCCUCAUCCACGAUGGCCUGACGUUUUCCAGAUCCAUCACUUACGCUUGCAGGGAGGGUUACUACUCCACUGGCCUGCUCACCCGACACUGCACUGUGAACGGGACCUGGACCGGGAACAUGCCUGAGUGCUCGGUAAUCAACUGUGGCGACCCUGGAGUGCCAGCCAAUGGGGUGAGGUUAGGGAAUGAUCUCACCUACAACCACACAGUCAGUUUCCAGUGUUCUCCUGGUUUCACCAUGGAUGCUGACCGGGCCUCCACUCUCAUCUGCACCAAGGACCGCACCUGGAACGGCACUAAACCACUCUGUAAAGCCAUCGUAUGUGGCCCACCACCCACCAUCCCUAACGGUCAGGUCGUCGGUACAGACUUCACCUGGGGCUCCAGCAUCAGCUACUCCUGCAACCAAGGUUACCAGCUGUCCCUGCCCACUGUGUUAACAUGUCAGGGCAACGGUAACUGGAGUGGAGAAAAGCCGCAGUGCUUCCCUGUGUUCUGUGGAGACCCAGGAAUGCCAGCCCAGGGCAGGAGGGAGGACCGAGGAUUCACCUAUCUCUCCUCUGUCUCCUUCUCCUGCUACCCUCCUCUUGUCCUGGUGGGCUCUACCAGGAGAUAUUGCCAGUAUGAUGGCACUUGGAGUGGCACGCAGCCCUCUUGCAUAGAUCCCACUCACACUACCUGUGGAGACCCCGGGACUCCUCUAUUUGGAAAUCAGAACAACAGUCAAGGCUACCAGAUCAGCGGCACUGUGUUCUUCAGCUGUAGAAAGGGCUACUUACUGCAGGGCUCCAUUUCUCGCACUUGUCUGCCCAACCUCACUUGGAGUGGUUUUCAACCUGAGUGCAUUGCCCACCACUGCAGCCAGCCGGAGUUGCCAGCCCAGUCCGAUGUGAGAGCCAUUGAACUGCCGUCCCUUGGCUACACGCUGAUCUAUACGUGUCAGCCUGGUUUCUACUUGGCCGGAGGAUCAGAGCACAGGACCUGCAGGUCCGAUGGGAGCUGGACAGGGAAACCACCUCUGUGUGCAGCUGAUAAUCGCCCAAGUGGUAAGAGCCCAGUGGGCACAGUGCAGGAGCCACCUUCCAAAUUACCAGUCCCUGCAGGUGUGUUUGCUAAGAACUCUCUGUGGAGGGGAUCGUACGAGUACCUGGGGAAGAAGCAGCCGGCCAUGCUCAGCAUCACUGCCUUUGAACCCUUUAGCAACCGGGUGAACGGGACACUCAUCGACCACAGCGGAGUGGAACUCAAACUGGCCGGUACAUAUAAGAGGGAGGAAGCUCAGCUGCUGCUGCAGGUCCACCAGAUCAGAGGACCUGUGGAGAUCUUUGUCAACAAGUUCAAAAUAGACAACUGGGCCCUAGACGGACAUGUGUCCUACAUCUCCUCAUCCAACUCCUUUGUGUACCAGGGAUUUGUCAGAGGAAAAGGCUUUGGCCAAUUUGGUCUCCAGAGACUGGAGAGUUUAGAUCCCAGCAGAGAGAACGCAGGCUACAACUUUGCCUCCAACAGCAGUUCAGUGGCAGCAGCCAUCCUAGUGCCUUUUAUAGCCAUGAUCAUUGCAGGCUUCGCUCUGUACCUCUAUAAACACAGAAGAAGACCCAAAGUCCCCUUCAAUGGUUACGUGGGCCACGAGAACACUAAUGGACGAGCUACGUUCGAGAACCCUAUGUAUGACCGCAACAUCCAACCCACUGACAUCAUGGCCAGUGAGACAGAGUUCACAGUCAGCACAGUGUGCACAGCUGUAUAG